GCGAUUUUGGUGAACCGACAUUCAACAAAGUCAACAAAGAUGGGUUCAGGGGCUCGAGAUGGUGACUUGAAGUUAAUAUCGAGGGUUCAUGGGAACUUGAGCCCAUUUCUGGAUUUGCUGGCUCUUUGCUGGCUUCAGGGAUUUUGUGUUUACAGUGUCUUUAAAAACAUGGGACCACUAUCCUCAUCUUUUUAUCUCCUAAAGGCUAUUCAAGGAGAUAAAAAGAUCAUUGACAGAAAAAGAAAUUUUUUUGGACACACAUAUUUAUUUGCCUCUUGAAACAUGAAGAUUUUUAGUUGGGUUCAAAGAAAACUUGGUGGUAAGAAGCAUGAGUCAACUUCAGAUUGUCCUCAAGAAUCAUCAGGACCUGAUUUGAGUAAAGACCUCCAAAGCUGGGCUCAAGACGAAGAAACCUUCUUAGCCAUUGGAACCCUUGGAAACAAUAUCUGCACCAAGAUAGAAAAAGAAGAAGAAAAUGUUUCUAGCAAAGAUCUUACUGCGAUUAAUGCAGAUGUUAUUAUCAGGAAGAAGAAAUCGCUCUCUUUUCUUCUCAAGAAGAUGUUUGUUUGCACAAGCGGCUUCAAAACUCCACCUCCUCUUCUUGAUUUGUCUAGAGGAGAUUCAUUCCCAAAUACACGAAUGGAAAAGAUGUUAAGGACAAUCCUCGACAAGAAGAUACAUCCACAACGUUCAAAUGCUACAGCAAAAAAGUAUUUGGAGAAUCAUAAGAUUAUGGAUGAAGCUCGUUCAAGUGUCGACGCCAAUAAAUGGAACAAGACGGAUUCUGAAUAUAUUGUAUUGGAGAUGUAGAUAUCAACCAAUAUGCUAAAUGAACCUGAUUGAUUGCCAUGGUAAUAAUAGAGUGGAAACAAAACCAAAGUACAGCUACAGCUUCAUAUGGUUCAUAUGUAAGGUGUUGAAGUAACAAA